UCUCUCUCUCUCUCUCUCUCUCUCUCUCUCUCACCACUUCAUAUUCUCUCUCUCUCUCUCUCUCUCUAAUUCCCCAAUCAUUACUCUGCAUCUUCUCCUCACUCUCCCCUCUCUUGGAUUGGUUGGUGGUGUUAUUGCUCCUUUUUUUAAAAAAAUUGUUUUCCUAUUUUUCUCCCCUUGCUCCCAAGGGGGGUGGAUGCUCAUGAAGAGGCUAGUGCUUCCUCUAUUGGUUUUGGGGGUCUUCAAUGUUGUGGUCAAGGGCAGUGGAGGAAGUGAGGGGCAAUGCACAUACAAGCAGGGGCUAAAUCCUCGGCCGCACAGCGUGACGAUCACCGAGUUCGGCGCGGUGGGCGACGGCGAGACCUUGAACUCGGUCGCGUUCCAAAACGCCGUCUUCUAUCUCCGCUCGUUCGCCGACAAGGGCGGCGCGCAGUUGUAUGUUCCGAAAGGGGAAUGGCUUACGGGGAGCUUCAAUCUCACAAGCCACCUCACUCUCUUCUUGGAGAAAGGCGCCGUCAUAAUCGGGACUCAGGAAUCAUCUCAGUGGCCUAUUGUCGACCCACUGCCGUCGUACGGACAAGGAAUCGACCUCCCUGGCGGGCGACACCGCAGCUUGAUAAACGGCCACAACUUGACCGACGUAGUCAUAACAGGCAACAAUGGAGUUAUCGACGGGCAGGGUUCUAUCUGGUGGGAGUGGUUCCGUUCCCGUAAGUUGAACUACAGCCGCCCUCAUCUCGUCGAGUUCACGGAUUCGCAGGACAUCGUGAUAUCGAACCUCUCUUUCUUGAACUCCCCCGCGUGGAGCAUCCAUCCGGUCUACUGCAGCAACGUAAUCGUUCAGAACAUUACGAUCCAAACUUCGCCCGAUUCUCCGUUUACUGACGGAAUAGUUCCAGAUUCGUCUUCGAACAUGUGCAUCGAGGACUGCAGCAUCAGCGUCGGGCACGACGCGAUCGCUCUAAAGAGCGGCUGGGACGGGUACGGGAUCUCCUACGCCCGCCCCACCACCGAGAUCCAAAUCACGAAGGUGGCGCUCCAGAGCGCCGCCGGCGCGGCCCUCGCAUUCGGGAGCGAGAUGUCGGGAGGGAUCUCCGACGUCCGCGCCGAGCAGCUCUACAUUUACAACUCGUCGACCGGCGUAAGCUUCAGAACAACCCUAGGCCGCGGCGGCUUCGUCGAAAAGACCGUGAUCUCGAACUCGGUGCUCGAAAAUGUUCGCGAGGCGAUUCGAUUCGACGGGCACAGCGGCGGGCACCCCGACGACCACUACGACCCCUCGGAGAUCCCGAUAAUCAGGAAGAUCACGCUCAAGAGCAUCGUCGGGAGCAACAUCUCGGUCGCGGGGAACUUUUCGGGCAUCGAAAACGAUCCCUUCACGGCUCUCUGCCUCUCCGAUCUCAAUUUUACGGUAAACUCCGAUCCUUCGAGCUCUUGGUCAUGCUCCGACGUAUCCGGGUACUCCGAACUAGUAUUCCCCAAGCCGUGUUCGCAGCUCCAAAGCCCUUCGACGAACUCUUCGACGUGCUUUGCACUUGAUGAUCAUUACAAUGCUCUCGCCGUAGCGUAAUUCGCGGCGUAUUUUUUACAGCUUCUGCCACCAAUCCAUGCCGAAAUUCUUUUGGAUAAUAAAACAUUGAAUUCCUUUUGAUGCAUCAGUUUUGCUUCGAUACUCUCGGGCGCAGAAACGAAGGAUAAAAAAGAGAAAAAAAGGAGGAAAAUUGCGCGAGGGGGGGGGCGAAGAAUGUGCUUGCUUGUACAGCUUCAAUUUCUUCAUUCAAUCUUUGUAAGAAGAGGUUUUUUUUUUUUUUUUUUUUUUUUUUUUUUUUUUAUGUUUUGUUGGUAGUAAUGAAAAUGGAGACAAUUCAUUGAUAAAUUUGGCAUUUGCUAUUAUUAUUAUUAUUUUUUGUUUGGUUGA